AAGAGAGGAAUAUAAAGUUAUUCAGAAGAAAAUCACAGUGAGAAACUGAAUUUAAAGCUGUAAUAUGUAAAUGUUAUAAAUCUAGACCUCAUAAAGAAGAAUUCUGUUGUGCUGCUGUGUUUCUCUACAUGAGUGAGCAGCUUUAAAGCUUCAGUCUGUAGGAGGAAACAUGAACUCUAACAUGAAUCUCUCAGAGGAAGAGAAGAAAAACAGAUGGGUGGAAAGUAAAAGAUCAGACUCACCUAAACCCAGCUGUGUGUCCAUAAAGAGUGAUGGGUCAAUGUACGUUCCCUUACAGUUCAGAGGAGGAGAUUCUUCUACUGAUCUGAGAUGGGUGGAAAGUAAAAGAUCAGCGUCACCUGAACCCAGCUGUGUGUCCAUGAAGAGUGACGGGUCAAUGUACGUUCCCUUACAGUUCAGAGGAGGAGAUUCUUCUACUGAUCUGAGAAACCAAGAGAAAUUAAAGAAAUCAGAAAGAAGCAACAGAAAAAAGUUGGACUCCAUUUUCGAGGAGCUGGAGCAGAAAGUCAUCAGUCUGUUAAAGAAUGAGCUGAAUAAAUAUAAGAAGAUACUGAGUGCAGAUUACCCAGAAUGCCCUGAGGUGAAGGAUGAGGAGGAUCAAUGUAGUUUCAGAGAGGAGGCACUGAAGAUCACACUACUUGUCCUGAAGAAGAUGAACCAGACAGAUUUAGCCAACACACUGCAGACCAAGCUGGUCUCUGUUUAUCAGAAGAACCUCAAAACCAAACUGAUAGAGAAAUAUAAAAGAAUUAAUGAAGGAAUCUCACAGCCUGGAUCAUUAGUUCUCCUGGAUCAGAUCUACACUGAGCUCUACAUCACAGAGCGUUCGAGUGGAGAUGUCAAUAAUGAACAUGAGGUGAGACAGAUUGAAACCACAUCCAGGAGACCAACAACACAGGAGAAACCCAUCAAAUGUAACGACAUCUUUAAAGACACGCCCAUCAGAACUGUGCUGACUAAAGGAGUCGCUGGAAUUGGAAAAACAGUCUCUGUGCAGAAGUUCAUUCUGGACUGGGCUGAAGGAAAAGCCAAUCAGGACGUUCUCUUCAUGUUCCCACUUCCCUUUAGAGAGCUGAAUCUGAUGAAGGAGAAACAUCUCAGUCUGAUGGAGCUUCUUCAGUAUUUUUUUCCAGAACUUAAAAGAAUGAAAUCAAUAAUCUGCAGCACCUACAAGAUCAUUUUCAUAUUUGAUGGUCUGGAUGAGUGUCGACUUCCUCUAAACUUCCAGAACAAUGAAACAGUGUGGGAUGUAACAGAAUCAGCCUCAGUGGAUGUGCUGCUGACAAACCUCAUCAAGGGGAACCUGCUUCCCUCUGCUCUCCUCUGGAUCACCUCUCGACCAGCUGCAGCCAAUCAGAUCCCUCCUGAGUGUGUAGCCCAGGUAACAGAGAUACGAGGGUUCAGUAAUCCUCAGAAAGAGGAGUACUUCAGGAAGAGGAUCAGUGAUGAGGACCUGGCCAGUAAAAUCAUCAAACACAUGAAGUCAUCAAGAAGCCUCUACAUCAUGUGUCACAUUCCAGUUUUCUGCUGGAUUUCAGCCUCUGUUCUAGAGAGAAUGCUGGGUGAAGCAGAGGGUGGAGAGAUCCCCAAAACUCUGACUCAAAUGUUCACCCACUUCCUGAUCUUUCAGAUCAAACACAAGGAACAAAAGUAUCAUGGGAAAUGUGACCCUGACCCUCACCAGACCAGAGAGACGAUACUGGCACUGGGAAAACUGGCUUUCCAACAGCUGGAGAAAGGAAACCUGAUCUUCUAUGAAGAAGAUCUGAGAGAGUGUGGUAUUGAUGUCAGAGAAGUGUCAGUGUACUCAGGAGUGUGCAGCCAGAUCUUCAGAGAGGAGUUUGGGUUGCACCUGGGGAAGGUCUUCAGCUUUGUUCAUCUGAGCGUCCAGGAGUUUCUGGCUGCUUUAUUUGCAUUUAUCUGCUUCAUCAGCAAAAAUCCAACAGAACAACAAACCACUGAUCUGUCUGAUCUGUUCAAAUUCAGCAUGUCUGAUUUCCUCAAGCGUGCAGUGGACAAGGCCUUCCAGAGUGAGAAUGGACACCUGGACCUUUUCCUUCGCUUCCUUCUGGGUCUCUCACUGGAGUCCAAUCAGACUCUCUUUCGAGACCUGCUGACACAGACAGGAAGUAGAUCUCGCAGUAAACAGGAAACUGUGGAGUACAUCAAGGAGAAGAUCAGGGAGAACCCCUCACUAGAGAAAUCCAUCAAUCUGUUCCACUGUCUGAAUGAACUGAAUGAUCAUUCUCUAGUGCAGGAGGUCCAGACUUACCAGACCAAAAUAGAACCCAGUUAUAAACAUGAGUAUAUAAUCUCAAAACUUACUACUAAAACAGAAUAUUCCAAUUGUCUCAGUGGAACCAGUCUCUCUCCUGCUCAGUGGUCAGCACUGGUGUUUGUGUUGCUGAACUCAGAAGAAGAUCUGGAGGAGUUUAACUUGAGUAAAUAUUUCAGAUCAGAUGAAUGUCUUCUGAAGCUGCUGCCAGUGGUGAAAGAAUCCAGAAGAGCUGAGUUGUUUGAUUGUUAUCUAUCAGGUGAAAGUUGUGCAGCUCUGUCCUCAGUUCUCAGUUCAAACUCCUCCAAUCUGAAAGAUCUGAACCUGAGUAUCAAUAACCUGCAGGAUUCAGGAGUGAAGCUGCUCUCUGCUGCACUGAAGAAUCCACACUGUACACUGGAGAUACUGGGGUUGGAACGUUGUUAUCUAACAGAUGAAAGUUGUGCAGCUCUGUCCUCAGUUCUCAGUUCAAACUCCUCCAAUCUGAGAGAUCUGAACCUGAGUAACAAUAAGCUGCAGGAUUCAGGAGUGAAGCUGCUCUCUGAGGGACUGAAGAAUCCACACUGUAAACUGGAGAUACUGGGGUUGGAACGUUGUUAUCUAACAGAUGAAAGUUGUGCAGCUCUGUCCUCAGUUCUCAGUUCAAACUCCAACAAUCUGAGAGAUCUGAACCUGAGUAACAAUAACCUGCAGGAUUCAGGAGUGAAGCUGCUCUCUGCUGCACUGAAGAAUCCACACUGUACACUGGAGAUACUGGGGUUGUAUUGUUGUUCUCUAACAGAUGAAAGUUGUGCAGCUCUGUCCUCAGUUCUCAGUUCAAACUCCUCCAAUCUGAGAGAUCUGAACCUGAGUAACAAUAAGCUGCAGGAUUCAGGAGUGAAGCUGCUCUCUGCUGCACUGAAGAAUCCACACUGUAAACUGGAGAUACUGGGGGUUGAUCAGAGUAAUCUAACAGAUGAAAGUUGUGCAGCUCUGUCCUCAGUUCUCAGUUCAAACUCCUCCAAUCUGAGAGAUCUGAACCUGAGUAGCAAUAACCUGCAGGAUUCAGGAGUGAAGCUGCUCUCUGAGGGACUGAAGAAUCCACACUGUACACUGGAGAUACUGAAGUUGGAUAAUUGUUCUCUAACAGGUGAAAGUUGUGCAGCUCUGUCCUCAGUUCUCAGUUCAAACUCCUCCAAUCUAAGAGAACUGAACCUGUUUAUUAAUAAGCAGCAGGAUUCAGGAGUGAAGCUGCUCUCUGCUGCACUGAAGAAUCCACACUGUACACUGGAGAUACUGAGGUUGACACACAGCUGUAUUACAGAUGAAGGUUUUAUAUCUCUGGCUUCAGCUCUGAGAUCAAACUCCUCAUCACUCCUGAAAGAACUGAAUCUGAUCCACAAUAAUCCAGGAGAAUCAGGAGUGAAGCUUCUCACUGAUCUACAGAAGGAUCCUCACUGUAAACUGGAGACACUAUAUGUAUAAGUGACAGAGCACCUUGACCCGUGUGUGACCGGCACUUCAUGGUCAGAUGGAAUGAUCUUUAAUUUGAGCUGCUUUAUUAGCUGAAUGAAGCUUCACCAUGAGCAGAGAGAAGUUGUUCUUCACCUUAAUCUUCUAGUGACAGUUCAACCAACAGUGAAACCCCAAUAUAAUGAUGCAGACAUGAAUUGACCUGGACAUGAUGAGUUCCAAUUUGAUGUUUGGCAAGAUCUCUACAACCAAUCCAGCCAAUCUCUGUCAGUUACAGUAAUCACACUGAUCUUCUGCUGUCUGCUCUGUGUGAGCACAGGAAACCACCAUGUAAUAGAUAUGAAGAUAAAUGGUGGAGUGAAAAACACCUUAGUUUGAAAAAAUGACACUUUGACAUUAGGGAUGUCCCGAUCCGAUCUCAAAGAUCGGGAUCAGGGCCGAUCAAGGCAUUUUUUAACUGAUCGGCAUUGGCUUUACUAAACCCGAUCCUAAUCCCGAUCCUUUGUUUUACAUCAGCAGGAAAUACUUUAAAUUGGAAAGUGAAACAAGUCCAACAGUGAAGUGUAACGUCUGCAGUGUGAGCGUUUCACGAGGCGGUGGGAGCAGAGCUGCGUUCAUUACUGUAGAAUUUUAUUGUUUAUAUGGUGUGAGAGUCAAGAAUCACUCCGGUUUACAAAACAACGUAGUGAUGCACUUGCUUAAUAAAGAAAUAAAUACACGCUAUAUUCACAAAUUGUCGGGAGCAAAACACUUUAUUAACUUCUUCUGUUACGGUACCGAAUAGCGGACAGCUAGAGCCAAGCACGCUAUUCCAUGCACUAUGGAAGCCCCACAGGGUCAAAACACACUCACUUCGGGUAGAAACGUCCAUCAAACCAUCGUCACAAUACAAGCACUUUAAAAACUGGCUUUCCUUCAUAAAAAAAGAGCCUGUCCAUUUUAUUUUGGUAUUCAGGUUUUACUGUAAUGCUUUUAAGUAACUUUUUUUCUUAUAUUCAAGUUAAGCUGCUACACAGAUUUCUGUUCAUUUUUAGUGCAUCACUGCAUUAAACAGAUUUUAUUUAUUCAAAUGUAAAGUUUAAAGUAAAACUGUAAUUAUCUCACUCAUUUUGAUUGAUUUUGUAAAAAUAAAAAAACAUUAAGCCAAUAGUUUGGAUGCAGCAUUUUACCCUACAGCACUGCAGAGCUAUUCAGUUAUUAAACAUAUACACUGGAUUAAUUUGAAUAACUGUAAUGUAGUUGAAGUGUGCACUGUGUGAACAGUAUUAUCCAGUUCUUAUCUAGACAAUAUCUAGAAAAUAGAUAUUUCGGUUUAAGUAUCGGUUUGAGACUCGGUAUCGAAUCGGGAUCAAAUUUAAUAAUCGGGAUCGGGAACAAAAAAACGUGAUCGGGACAUCCCUAGUUGACUAUCUUCUUCUUAUUAUUAUUAGUGUGAUUGCAGUAGACAGUUACACUGCUGUUACUCCUCUUCUUCUUAUUAUUAUUCCACCUGUUUACCUUUUUUAGAGAUCCAACCUUUUCGUUCCAACUAAACGUCUGUCCUGUUGAUGAUACCACAGCUUGUAUUCAGCUUUUUGAUACGCACACCAGUUUACCCACCACGAACAUUUUAUACCUGUUUAGUCCCAUUCACUUCCAUUUAUUUUUUCAAAGGCAGGUUGAUCCACGGUACUUCUUAAAGAAUAGCAUGGACACACACACACACCUACAUGACCAAAAGUAUUAAGACAACUUAACACAACUACAUGACCAAAAAAAUUCAUGUACCACUGUAAUAAUAAGUUAUUUGGUAAAAAGCAGAGCUUGAUGAACAGAAUGGACGGCCACUGUCUCCCUCAUGACUUAUAAAAGAAUGUGUCAGGUUGUUCUAGAACAUUUCAAUAUUGAUUGUUUACAUAAACAAGUUAUAUAACCACGAAAAGGCAAAAACCAUUGCAAGUAGAUAGAACCUCACUAAAACACAGAGAGAAAAAAAGUAACUAAGGGCAGGCAACACUCGAGUAAGGGAGGGAAGCCUGGACAACUUCCAUCUCAUCUCCAGUGAAGGUUCUAGUUAACCUCUGCCCCGACCAUGGAGCCAUGACCAUAGGCUUAACCAACCACAGCCAGCUGCAAGGGGCAUCUGUGUGGGUAGGUGAUGGCUGAAUAGGGACAUUUAUUGCUUUUGCUACUUGUUUUAUCAUUUUGCAUGUGUUGUUGUUAAUACUAUCAUUUCAUUUACAUGUUAUAUACUGCAUUUAUAUGCUUUUAUAUAUAUUUUGUAAUGAGUUAUUAAUUAAUUAAUUGAUUGCCUACAGAUUUAUACUAUCAUUACCACUUAGUUACACAAUUUACUUAUUAACUGUUAUGUUACAUUUUGUUAGUUCAAUAAACAUUAUAAUGAUUAAUAAUUU